UCCAAUCCAGUCCUGACAUGUUUAUACAAUAACCUGGUGUAUGAAUAUACAGACGGUUCAGCCGGAGAGAGUCGCAAAAAGGUCACAAUCACUGCCCUGCGCAAGUUGUACAACACAAAGACUCCCAUUACAGUCAUGACAGCACACGAUUAUCCAACUGGGUUGCUUGUUGAGCGCGCUGGAUUUGAUAUCUGUUUGGUUGGAGAUUCACUUGCUAUGGUCGGCUUGGGAUACGAAUCUACCAACAAAAUCACUUUUGAGGACAUGAUUCAUCAUACUCGGGCAGUGGCUAGAAGCUCAAAGUGCGCAUUUCUAGUAGGCGAUAUGCCAUUCGGCACAUAUGAAGUCAGUCCUGAAGUUGCUCUUAAGAAUGCCAUUCGAUAUAUUCAUGAAGGAAAUGUAGAGGCAGUAAAGCUUGAAGGUGGGAUUGAGCUCAAGGACACGAUCAAGCGACUGACCGAUGUGGGUAUUCCAGUUAUGGGUCAUAUUGGUCUUACUCCACAGCGUCAGACAUCAUUGGGUGGAUUCAAAGUGCAAGGAAAGACAUUGGACAAGGCGCAGAAAAUGUUGCAGGAUGCAUUGGCACUACAAGAUGCGGGAUGCUUCUCUAUUGUACUCGAAGCAAUACCAUACCCGGUGGCCAAGUUCAUUACCGAUCAACUUAGUAUUCCUACAAUUGGAAUUGGCGCUGGACCCGAUGUAUCUGGUCAAGUCCUUGUGAUGAUGGAUAUUCUUGGGAUAUACGAUAAACUUUCACCAAAGUUUUCAAAAGUGUAUGCCAAUAUUGGUGAGCAGGCGGUUACUGGAUUAUCAACAUUUAUUGACGAUGUCCGUGGAAGCAAAUUUCCUGUAAUAGGACUGCAUACAUACAAGAUGGCUGCAAGUGAGGAGGAGCGAUUCAAGGAAUGGGUUGCUAUUUACGAGUCGUCAAAAAUUACUACUUUGUGA